AGCUCUGCUAUUUCAUUUAAGAAGAGAAGGGAAACAAGAGUCUUAAAAAGUUGCUAUUACAUAUAACGAAAAACACUCAAACACAAUCCAAAAAAGAGAAGACAUUACACUACACAUGGAUGCCCAACUGCAGCUCGUCUCAACGCUAUUUCUUGUUUGGCCAGAUGAAAGACCACUUGUGUCGAUGCUUGCUUGCCCUAAAAAAUAUGCCGAUUCCGCUCGUUCCAAAUAUUCCAGGUGAAGUACAUAAGCAAACCCGAAACAGUGAGUUGAUCUUCUUUCGAUUUGUUUUGGAGCACAGCAACCCACCACGAAUCGAAGCUCUGAAUAUCUGAGCUGGGCGGCAUGAUCAGAUUAUUGGUCCAUGACCUGACUAACUCCCACACUUCCAAAGCAAUGGGCACUUGAGGCAAAGGUGAAUCGCAGUCUCCGGCUCUUGAUCGCAAAGGAUAUCUGUACAACUAGAUUCGCGUCCCAAACAUAUUUAGAUACAAACUGGUUUUGUAGCAGAUUGUGAUGAUAUAGCAUCGUGAGAAUAACUGACAGUCAAAAUACGCCCGUAAAAGACUUCUCCAAACGAUUGUCUUUACAAGUAACUAACUAAAGGUGAUGGUAUGCAAAGACUUGUAAACCAGCACAUGGAUAUGGGUUAGGUGCCGGAUCGACCGUGUAGGCUACUUAAUUAAUAACCUUUCAAUUAUCUUGCCAACGACUGAUAUGGGUUAGUCACUUCAAUUCUACAUUAGUGACUGUAGCCAAAUACGUACUUGUAGGCUACUUAAUUAAUAACCUUUCAAUUAUCUUGCCAACGACUGAAACCAGCCCUGCAGUGUCAUGCUGGUCCCCUGCAAAUGUUACAAUGGGAUCGACCGUGUUUAGAGAUGGCCAAACGGGCCACCUGGCUCGGCACGGGUCCGGUGAAGCCCGGUCCGUUUUGGGUUGGGUCUGACCCGUCAAACACGUUAGAAAACCGGACCGGGCCAUCUAAGCCUGCGGGCUUGUUUCCCUGUCCGAGCCCGCUCACAGCGGGCCUAAACGACCCGGUAAGCACGGAAAAAGCGGACCAAAAAAGUGGGCUAAACGGACCGGUAAGCACGGUUUAGUGCAAAAAACGGGUUUGACGGGUUUAGAGGUAAACGGGUCGUGCCGGGCUAGCCCACCGUGCAUAAUUUCUUGUCCAGGCCCGGCCCGCUUAUUCGUGCCGGCCCGGACCCGUAUAAAAGCGGGUCAGACCGGGCCAAAAAAAGUGCUUCGGGCUAGAGGCUUUCGUGCUACGUGCUUUCUGUACAUCUAUAACCGUGUUAGGAUGUGUUGUGAUAAAGUUGAAACCGAACGGGUGGGGGUGUGAUGCUGAGCUCAUAGAGGAUCUUGAGUUGUGAGGCCUCAAACCCAUGUUUACUGAACUAAGGACGGUGCCAGAAUAGUUCUACUAUAAAAGGAACCGAGCUAGUAUAAAGUGAGAUGACUCAUGCAUAUUUAGAACUUGUUCGGUUGCGUGUAGAUCAAAGAAUUAUCCUCUUUAAUCCCUUUAAUCUAGAUGCAACCGAACAAGAUGAGAGGUAUGCAUGUUUCCUGUCUCAUCCCAAACACAUUGGGUUGAAUCCUGAAUGAACCGCAUGAUUGCAGCUCUCCCGGCAGCUCGCCGCAGCAUCAUCAGGAAAGCGGCCGUUAGGAGAAACGCAGACGCCUACGCUACGACGAGCAUGAUUCACAUGAUCACACCUUAACUUCUCAAGGGCAAAAGGCCUAUAUGAGCAUGAUGCUCCCUGUCCCCCUUUUCUAUACAUUUCCUUAUAGCUCAUGGCUUUGCAGUCCGCGCCGCCAUCAUCAGACCUCCGUUCCAUCUGUGACUGUGAUCCAUGGCCGUGGCUAGGCUAGCCGUAGCAUUUUUGCCAGCGAGAGCCUUUUGAAUUGAGCUAUAGCUGCGGCCCAUGGGCGUGGGCAUCAGAUUUGGGACUGGCUUUCUGCACGCACUCCCACACCACACACACACCGGCCACUGUCUAAAAGGCACUAGUGCUACAAAUAAGCUGCACUGUCCUCUGCCCUGACGCCCACGUAAACAUAUUUGGCGUGCAUCCCUUCGCAGUGUUUGCUUGCUGUGCUGACUUCAUUGGAGAGAGAGACAGUGAAGAGUAGAGGAGAGAGAGAGAGAGAGAGAGAGAGAGAGAGAGAGAGAGAGAGAGAGAGAGAGAGAGAGAAAAUGGGCGUGGCGACGGUGACAGAGCUGAAGCAGAGCAUCUCCGGGAAGAGGACAUUCCGGCCGAGCCUCAUCAGCCGCCACGCCAAUGAGUGGCCUCCGACCGACGUCUCCAGCGACCUCACCGUCGAGGUCGGCACCUCCAGCUUCGCACUCCACAAGCUGUUCGCGCAGUUCCCGCUGGUCUCCCGGAGCGGCAAGAUCCGGCGCCUCGUCGCGGAGGCCAAGGACGCCAAGCUGGCGCGGCUCAGCCUGCACGGCACCCCGGGGGGCGCGCCGGCGUUCGAGCUCGCCGCCAAGUUCUGCUACGGCGUCCACGUGGACGUCACGGUCGCCAACGUCGCCAUGCUGCGCUGCGCCGCGCACUACCUGCAGAUCACCGACGACUUCUCCGACAAGAGCCUGGAGCUCCGCGCCGAGGCCUUCCUCCGCGACGCGGUGCUCCCCAGCAUCGCCAGCUCCGUCGCCGUGCUCCGCAGCUGCGAGGCGCUGCUCCCGGCCGCCGAGGACGUCGGCCUCGUGCCCCGCCUCAUCGCCGCCGUCGCCACCAACGUGUGCAAGGAGCAGCUCACCUCGGGGCUGUCCAAGCUGGACCAGUGCGCGCAGCUCAAGCCCGCGGCGGCGUUCGCCGACCUCGACCCGCCGGCCGACUGGUGGGGCAAGUCCGUGGCCGCGCUCGGCCUCGACUUCUUCCAGCGGCUGCUCUCCGCGGUCAAGGCCAAGGGGCUCAAGCAGGAGACGGUCACCAGGAUCCUCAUCAACUACGCGCAGAACGCGCUGCACGGGCUCAUGGCCAGGGACGUGCACAGAUGCGGCGGCGCGGACGCCGACGCCGUCAAGAAGCAGCGCGCCGUCGUGGAGGCCAUCGUGGGCCUUCUCCCGGCGCAGUCCAGGAAGAGCCCCGUGCCCAUGGCCUUCCUCUCGGGGCUCCUCAAGACGUCGAUGGCGGUGUCCGCGUCCAGCAUCUGCAGGGCCGACCUGGAGAAGCGGAUCGGCAUGCAGAUGGACCAGGCCAUCCUGGAGGACAUCCUCAUCGCCGCGGGCGCCGCCGUGGGCGCGCCGGCCGGUCAGCAGCACGCGCUGUACGACACGGACGUGGUGGCGCGCAUCUUCUCGGUGUUCCUCAACCUCGACGACGACCAUAACGAGGAGGACGACGGGUUCGACUACGACAGCCCGCGCUCGCCGAAGCAGAGCCUCCUGGUGAAGGCCGCCAAGCUGCUGGACAGCUACCUCGCGGAGGUGGCGCUCGACUCUAACAUCCUCCCGUCCAAGUUCAUCUCCCUCGCCGAGCUGCUCCCGGACCACGCUCGCGUCGUCACCGAUGGCCUCUACCGCGCCGUCGACAUCUUCCUCAAGGUGCACCCCAACAUCAAGGAGGCGGAGCGGUACCGGCUGUGCAAGGCGAUCGACUGCCAGCGGCUGACGCCGGACGCGUGCAGCCACGCGGCGCAGAACGAGCGGCUCCCGGUGCAGAUGGCGGUGCAGGUGCUCUACUUCGAGCAGCUGCGGCUGCGGAGCGCGAUCCAGGCCGGGGGUGGCAGCAGCAUGGGCGGGCACGACGGGGCGGUCUUCUUCGGGUGCGCCGCGGCCGCCGCGUCGGUGCAGGGCAGCGUGAACAUGCGCUCCGGCAGCGGCGUGGGCAGCGGCGCCAUGUCGCCGCGGGACAACUACGCGUCGGUGCGGCGGGAGAACCGGGAGCUGAAGCUGGAGGUGGCGCGGAUGCGGAUGCGGCUCACGGACCUGGAGAAGGACCACGUGAGCAUGAAGCGGGAGCUGGUGCGCGUCGGCCCCGCCAACCGCCUGCUCCGGGGCUUGGCGCGCAGCCUCGGCAGGCUCUUCCGCAUGCGCCCCGCCGCCGAGCCGGGGCUGCAGCAGCUCGGGGCCAAGGCUACCGCCGACGCCAAGGUGCUCUUCCAGCGCCGCCGCCGCCACUCCAUCUCAUGAUCUCGGUUCCUCGAAUCGGAGAGGCGACCGGCGGGCACGCUGCCGAUCGAGCGUGCUCGCGAGGAUGAGUGGCCACGCUACUGUACGUGCGUACAGCAAAGUUUCGCGUGUGCAAUUGUGCAUAGCAUACAAGAAAGGAAGACAUGGUUUGAGUGAGUGCACACUGCAGGUUUAUUUCUUCCCGGAUUUCGUGCGGUGCGGGCAUCGCGUGGUCUUCUGCUCAUGAAAGUCAUGGCGUUCGACACAGCAUGCGAUGCGAUUCAUGUAUAUGGAUGGAUGGACUAUGGAAAGGUUUCGAGGGGUGUAUGUAUCUUUGGGACCAGUGGACACAUGGUUCCUCCUGUUUUCUCUGUAGUUUCCGGCCAAAUUCCGUUCAGCCGAGCGAUUUCUAUUUCUUGUUUAGGCGAAAUUGUUCAGCAAAGUAAGAAGGUUAUUUUAAUUC